AUGCGACGACUAGCACCGGGCGAUCCCGGCGCUGCAUCGGUUGAUGAAAUCGAAUCGACGACUAUGCCCACCGCCUAUCCACAUCCCGACAAUGCCAAUUUGCUCUUCUGGGAUGUGCCAGCUACGGUGCUCACACAAAUUCGUGAAGAAUGUAAUAAUCAUCUGAACAAUGAGAAAAUUUAUUUGAUUAGUACAUGUCUUGCUCAUGUUCGUCUGUGGGAUUUCGAACGACUCACAAAUGACCUCAUUGACAUGUACCCGGUGGAGAAACGACAUGCCAUUACGCUUGCUAUGAGUGCAGCAGGCCGAUUGGCUAUUCAGAAGAAGCGCGAUCAUUAUCUUAUCGCUGUAUCGCGGUACGAUUCGCGAUAUGCAAUUGUUGGUUUAUCGGCUGGCAUGAAAAAUCUCCAAGCCCAGUUGACUGGUACACUAAAACCUCGCGAACAAGUUACCGCUAAUCGAUUUACAGACGAUAAAUCGGCUGAAAAACCGCCAGAAAGUACUCGAUUUAUUGCCGAUUAA